AUGGCUACUGCGAACCCACACGUACAUGAGAAUUUAAAAGCUAUUCAGAAGACGUUGAGCAACUACGAUACAAGCUUCCUGUCCGACGACGAGGAGGACCUGUGUCCUCUGUGUCUGGAGGCACUCGACAUCACAGACAAGAACUUCAAACCGUGUCCUUGUGGCUAUCAGAUUUGUCAGUUUUGUUACAACAACAUUAGGCAGAACGAAGAGCUGAAUGGAAGGUGUCCUGCUUGUAGAAGAAAGUACGACGAUGAGAAUGUCGAAUACGUUAUACUGACGUCCGAAGAGUUGAAAAUGGAGAGAGAGAAGCAGACGAGAAAGGAAUGGGAACGCAAGCAAAGGGAUAAAGAGCGCAAGGAAAAUGAAUACGCCAACAGAAAACACUUGGCAGGAAUGAGGGUCAUCCAAAAGAACUUGGUCUAUGUCGUCGGUGUUAAUCCACCAGUUAUUUACGAAGAAGUGGCUAAUUUAUUGAAAUCGGAUAAAUAUUUCGGCCAAUACGGGAAAAUCAACAAGAUUGUAGUCAACAAGAAGACUCCUCAUCCAAAUAAUAACAGUGAUCACUAUCACCAUAGCCACCAAGUUGGCUACGGUGUUUACAUCACAUUUUCGAAGAAGGAGGAUGCAGCAAGGUGUAUUGCUCAAGUGGACGGCACAUACAUGGAUGGCAGAUUGGUCAAAGCUGCAUACGGUACAACAAAAUACUGUUCUUCUUAUUUGAGAGGGUUAUCAUGUCCAAACCCGAAUUGUAUGUUCUUACACGAACCUGGUGAAGAGGCAGAUUCAUUCAAUAGACGUGAACUGACCAAUAAACCUUCCCAGCAACAAUCAAGUGGUCACACAAUGUUUUACAAAAAUACAACGCUUAAUGCAUCACAAACUAAUACUGCCACAAAAGAUAUGAAUGGUCUUUCUGACUCAAACACAUCCUCCCCAGCACCAGUUAAAGCACAAUUACAUACGGAAAAUACUGUCAACUCAGGCACACCAACUCCUAUCCUUACCCCAGCUACUGUUAAGCCAGGGGCUAACCCAUGGGGUAUAUCCCAAGCUCCAACGCCUGUUAUUUCGUUGAAUGUAUCUAAGAACACAUCUUCUAACCAUCUACCAUCUUUAAGCAAUACCCUAGACUUAUCAAAAGAAAUAAAGGACACUAAGGAUGUAGUACCAAACACAACAACAGGUAACUCUAAUAUCCCGCUAGCUGCUGCUAAUGUAGCAGCUGCACCAACAAGCGGUGGAAGCAGUAAAAAGAAGAAUACAAACAAUGAUAAAGACUACAUUGAUCCAUAUGAUUCUUUGGUCAGAGCUGUUGAUUUUAUCAAUUCAAGAAUCCAAUUUUUAUCAGAGUACAAGCCUCGUGAAAUUAAGUUGAGAUCAGACAUAAUAGAUGAUGAAACUUACAAUAGAUACCCAUCUCUAUUUUCAUGGAGUAACAUUGAAGCUUCAGAAACCUCAGACAAUACACUAACAAGAAAAUUGAUUGAUAUUUUAACUGUUAAACCAGCAGAAACAGAUAACCAUGUUAUGUCAUUUUUGCAAAACGUUAAUGCUGCCUUACCAGCUGUUCAACAACAACAGCAGCAGCAAACACCAAUCAUGCAAAACCAAAAAAUGUAUCAAGGGCAAGUAGCUCAACCACAACAGAUGAACAUGAACACUGUCCCACCACCAGGUAUUUUUGGCCCACAAAAGAAUCAACUUCCAGUUCGCCAACCUCCACAAACGCAUAUCGAACAAAGUAACCCAUCUGCCAACUCCACCGAUUUCUUAAACCAAUUAAUUAACGGUAGAAAGGUCUCUGCUAGCACAUAA